AAAAGCAAGCAAGGAGGGCCAUCAUACUACAUAGACACAAAUGCCUUGAGAGUUCCUAGGGAGAACAUGGAAGCCAUUUCACCUUUGAAAAAUGGAAUGAUUGAAGAUUGGGAUAGUUUCCAAGCCAUCCUGGAUCAUACUUAUAAGAUGCACAUUAAAUCUGAAACUUCAUUGCAUCCAGUUCUUAUGUCUGAAGCACCAUGGAACAUUAGAGCAAAGCGUGAGAAACUGACGGAAUUAAUGUUUGAACAUUACAAUAUCCCCGCAUUCUUCCUAUGCAAAACUGCAGUACUCACAGCGUAUCCUAGAAAUGUUGAUGAAUAAGUGAGCAUCAUCACAAAUACUAUGCUGUUUUCAGGAAACAAUUACAAUUUUUUCAAAAAAAAAAAAUUGUUUAACCAAGAUCUUGUUGCUGUGCUAUUACCCAAACAGCUUCACAAAUAAUUGUGA